UUAUUAUGUAUCUAUUAGUCAUCCUGAUAAGAAAUGACUAACUAGCCGAAAAGUGGAGAGGCAUUUUUUUAUCUUUCAGAAGUCUAAAUAAAUAUGGCUGAAACUUUUACUUUUGGAGGAUCCCUUGCACCUAUUUCCUGCCAUGCAUGGAAUAAGGAUAGAAGCUUAAUUGCUUUGUCGCCUAAUAACAACGAAAUCCAUAUAUAUAAGCGGGUCAAUAACGACUGGAGAAUAACUGACGUAUUAAACCAACACGAUUUGAGGGUGAUGGGAUUAGAUUGGGCGGAGAACACAAAUCGUAUUGUUAGUUGUGCUGCUGAUCGUAACGCAUAUGUGUGGCAACAGACAGAAGAUGGAAAGUGGAAACCGACAUUGGUUUUGUUAAGAAUCAAUAGAGCUGCAACAUGUGUUAAAUGGUCACCAGCAGAAAAUAAAUUUGCAGUUGGCUCCGGUGCUCGCCUCAUAUCGGUCUGUUAUUUUGAAUCGGAAAAUGAUUGGUGGGUAUCAAAGCAUAUCAAAAAACCAAUCAGAUCGACCAUAACUUCUAUAGAUUGGCAUCCAAAUAAUAUACUUCUAGCAGCAGGUUCCACCGAUUAUAAAGUCCGAAUUUUUUCAGCAUACAUCAAGGAUAUUGAAGAUCAACCUUCGCCAACCCCGUGGGGUAGCCGCAUGCCCCUUGGAAAUUUGAUGGCAGAAUUUAAGAAUUCAAUCAGUGGUGGCGGGUGGAUUAACUGUGUGCGAUUUUCAAGUGAUGGUAAUAAGCUAUGUUGGGUUAGUCACGAUAGUAGUAUAAGCGUUGCCGAUGCAACCAACUCCAACGUAAUUGUGAGAUGCAAAUCAGAAUAUCUUCCCUUUCUGACUUGCGAAUGGAUAUCACCAACAUCUAUAGUAGUAGCUGGUCAUAGCUGUGUUCCCCUAGUAUAUAUGUGGAAAAGCGAUAAACUAAGUCUUAUUCGUAAACUUGAUAGAUCACAAAGAAAAGAAUCUGGUGGCAUAUCGGCAAUGCGAAUUUUCCAAUCCCUUGAUAGAAAUCUGCGUUCAGAAAAUUCCGAUACACUUGUCGAUUCUAUCCAUCAAAACGCAAUCACUUGUAUUCGGUUAUAUGAAGGUGACAAAUAUAAUGGAACCCAAAUUAGUACUUCCGGCAUUGAUGGUCAACUGGUAAUAUGGAAAAUUGACAUGAACAUAAACGACGCGUUUCAAGUCCUUGCAAUGUAAACAUAAAUUUUAAAUGAAAAUAUUAGCAGAAGACCACAUAAAAACUAUAAAUUAUCAAAGUAUUUUAAAGAAUAUAGACUCAGCUAUAUCUAUCAUCUAUAGCCUUAAAAAGCGUCUUAUUUUUCUAAAAUUAAUCUACGAAUGCAUUGCUACGAUUCCACAAUACUUUCCUUUAUUUUUAUUAUUAAUAAAUAAUUUUGUAUCAUAUAUUCAAUUUCUUUGCAGUAUAGCAGACAGGAAGUGUUACCAAUUCAAACGAACACAUUUGUUUUUGUGUGAAGGACAGCUAUCCAGUGUGUUCCGGCACUGGAUAGCUGUGAGCACCACACAGGCUGGAACAUUGAGCUCCAAUUUGUGUGGUGUUCAUUGCUAUCACGAGAAGCUUAGCUGCAAGCUACCGGUCGCGUUCACAUGUUUCGGAUAGUGGAAUGCUCCAUACGGAGUAGCUGCAUUGGCAGUCACGGACAAUCAGCGGUAUCGAGCGGAGAGUCUCAGUGAGAGGCCGGGCGACACCGUCUCUUGCACAAAUACUGAGUGCCAUUGAUGCUCAAUAUGACAAGGCGAGUUAUUGGCGCCUUUAAAUAACCAAUGGCCACCCUUUUCCCACGGCGAUCGGUUCUUUGGACCGGAACGAACUUGCUAACCUACAGGAGGUCGAAAGAGUAUGAACCUACUUUAAUAUAAUUUUUUUAUAUAACACAAUAUUUUUCAAUUAUAAAGCUGUCGAAGGCGAAUAAGUUGCGAAAUACCAUGAAAUGUGAAAUUCACCUUCGACUACGACUGCUUUCGAUUUUCGCCUUCGACAAACGAAAUAAGGGUGAUGAAGCUACGAAUGCACUGCUAUGGGUCCACUCUAUUAUAUAUUAUAAGAAGUCCAUUAAUUUAAAGAUUUUGUAGCAGUUAUUUAAUUUGUUUAUGAUACAGAGCAGGUGAUAAAGUGUUUCAAUUUUAAACGACCACAUAUAAUUGUAAGAAA